UAUUCGGAAAGGACCCAACGGCUUAUGUUACUUAACACGUCUUAGUUUAUUUAAUAUAGGUUUAAAAGCUUUUAAGACAUUGAAAAUGUGUACUUGGAUCUUUCUAUCUAGAUGUUAAACAUCAUUUGCACGAAGGCAAACUUCGAUUAAAUUUCCACAAAGAAACAUGUUAAUUCAUAUUUUUCAAUUUUAAACGAGUUUGCUUAGACAGCCGGAUAUUUUUUGUCUGCAGAUCAUUUAUACGUAUCGUAAGUUAAUUAUUAUAUUCAUAUAUUAAGAGUUCAAUAUGCCGCAAGACAUCUUUAAUAUAGUAUAGUUCGUUUAAACAUUUCAAACUUUAAUUGAAAUUUGUAGGAUAAGUUACGGUGUUCAGAAAAUUGAUUUUUUUUUCUAUUUUGACAAUUUAAAUGAAUAUUGUUACAUGAACAUUGCACAAAGUUAAUAUAUUUAUACAAAAAGAUAGUGGAUUACUAAUAAGUGUUGAAGAGGUGGAAAAUUGAUUCAAUUCCUAAGUGAUCGCGGAAUUUAAGUAUACUAAAAAAGACAUUUCUAAACUGUUAAACAAUGGCGGAUAAAACUCGCAAACGAUUAAGUCAGGACAAAAAGAACAGCAUUAUCUCUCAGACAAUACUUGAGACAAGUGACGAGACUGCAUCACAUACAUAUAGUGACGACGUACCGGAGAUAGAUUUGGACAAUCCUGUAAACUUUGAGAGACGACAACCUUAUAAAUCUCCAGGGUCACCUAUCAUCGAUGCUGAGUUGCAGAAGGAGACGCUAGAUUUAGUUAUAUCUACACUAAAUGAGUCGGGUAAUCAUGGAGAUCAGACAGAGAUGAACAAUAACCACACAGCCGAUAAAGGACCAGAAAUAGACAGCAAUAUGAAAAAUAAGCAAAUAUCCAAUUCCUGGAGUGUUGGAAUUAAUUCUACUCAGAAGGAUUUGUUAGAUGACGAUGCCCACUUGAAAGUAAGCUACUCUCCUGGAAAGAAAGGGGGAAAUUUUGGACUUCCACUGGGAGCUAAACUGACAGUUCCAGAAGGAUUGUUUGGUAAAAAGGAUUCGAUAUCAUGCCAAGUAGCCCCACCGUCACAGAGAUGGCGGCAUUCGCCUGUACUGCCUUAUUAUGAGCACCUUACGAGUGAAAUAUUUAUUUUAAAUUCGACAGUUCAUCCUUUAAAGAAAAGUGUUAUUGUGAGGAUACCAUACUAUCAGAUAGAUUCCGAACAUAACGAGAUUAACGUUAAAGGAAAAUGGAAAGACGAAGAGGAAUGGGUCAAUGUAGGAUUUCUCCACAAGUCGGAUACCUCCUCCCCAUGUAUAGAACUGGAAAUCGACAGACUAGGUGUAUUUGUGGUCACCUUCACUCCAAAGAAGGAAACUUUCGAAGUGACUACACAAGGAUGUUUAUAUAAUGCACACAUGAGUAAAUAUAUCAGUGUUCGUGUACCAAAGAAAGCUGCAGAGAAAAACUUUCAAUGUGCAAUACAGAUAACUCCAAUAACCGAAGAGAAGGUUAACCUAGCAAAGGAGUUCUAUCCAUUCGAAACCUCAGAAUUGGAAAAUGUUUCAGAAAUAAUCGACUUAAUUCCUAAUUUUCAAUGUACAUUCAGACGAGCAGUUAGCGUUAAACUGCCACUCCCCGCCAAUGUUGAGGUCGAAAAUGAAAGCGCCAACACUGAUAUAGCAGUAUUAGCGAAACUGGAAUCUGGAUGGGAAUUAGUAGAUACAAAAUACAGAUUCACAAGAACCACAGUAACCUGCGAUGUCAAAAGUCUUACAAGAUUUUGUGUGGUUAAAUCGAAACCAGACAGGAAGAAAAGAAUGGCCGCGGCAGUCAGUAUUUUGGAAGGUCGGUGUGAAAUGGAAAAGGGCGAGGUUAUGGCAUUUAUAAAUUUCCAAGAAAAAACUUGGUUUCUGGUGCUGGAAUGUUUCCCUAAGAAUAAAUUAGACAGUAAAAUUGCUGAAAUGAAAGAAAAAGGUUUCCGACAUUUCAAAAAGGAGAUCAGCAAACCGGAAGAACCGGUUGAUAAUAAACAACACUUUCGGAGACCGCCAACUAUCAAAACCAAAUCUCAAAAUGUACCAGCGGAAUUCGAAAUAUUUGAUGGAUUGAAAUGGACAUUUAAUGUUUCUGAUGAUCUCAAGGCCAAUUUAGAUAGUGACUAUAUGGAAAACAAAGACCUUCAAUAUUAUAAACAUUUACCGGAAAGUUUACGCAAAUUUGUUAUAGAACCCAAAACUACAGAGGAACGAACACUUAUAGGUGCAAUAAAUCUGACGCCAGUCGGCAUAAAUGAUCAAAAAGUUCGAGAGGCAUCAACAAUGGCGCUAAGGAUAGAAGUCGACGAGGAAACGGUAAAAGCGUACUUCCAUGAGGAGGUUAUACCAGAAGAACCGGAAGUAAAGAAAGAAAAACCGAAUUUAGAUUUGUUGAGAACACCCGAGAUUAAAGUUGAUAAACCUACAACACCUUUUACACCAAAGUUUAAACCACUGCCAGCUAGUGUCAUGGAGCGGUUGAUGAGAACAAGCCGACCUCAGAUAAUCAUUGAAAGAGAAUCAAAGGCUAUUACAGGCAAGAGUCUUCGCAAUUUGUCUAAAUAUGUCCCGGAAGGAUUGACCCUAGCAGUUCACCUUGACCUUCCAGACAGUACUAUUACUGGCAUAGGUUUCGAUGCAAUUUCCAAUGGAUUGUCUAUGGCGGAUGUCACCUACAAAAUCUUAUUAUACUGGAAACGAACAAGAAAAGACAAAAAAGACCUUGCAGUUGAAAUGUUAGCGGGUGCAUUGAGGGAAAUGGGCAGAGUUGAGGCAGCACAAGUUGUACAAGAGUGUCACAAAAACAGCAAAGAAGUAACACCGGAAAUAUAUUCAGAACUUCUAUCUAAAAUGGCAUUGUCUUGAAGAAAUAAUUGUUAAAGUUUUUUUUCUUUUUUCAUGCAUUUAAAAAUGAUUUAUGUUUACUGGUAUCUGAAUAAGAGAAAGGAGAAACCAUAGUUUGGCUCCAUUUGAUAUGUUACAUAUCGCCAAUCGAUUGACAACAUUUUUCAAAACCUCAGAAGCUAAAUUACCAAGACAAGCAAGCUUUUCUAAAAUUAUGUUAUGCCUUUUAGAGAUUAUUAAACUACACUCAAAGGGAGACAAGGCAAAAUAGUUAAUAAUUCAAAGUACGGAGGACUAUUUCGUAGAUGAUAGAUGUUGCGGUGAUCUAAACAUUUAUUGGAACAAAAAGGCUGAGGUCGAUUUUUUUUGGGAAAUAUUCGAACGGGUUUCUCCAGUUGCCCUUAUCAUAAAUGUAGCAUCAAUCUUAAAACAACCAUUCAUCCAUGAACAUUAAAUGGGUCGAUCCGUGUACGAAGUGUAAAUAUUCAUUGUGUGCAUAUAAUAAUUGUUCAUUAGCCUCAAAAUUCUAUGCUUAAAAAAUAAUAGAAAAAACAGAAAUAUGUAAUUGGGAUUCAAUUGUUCUUUUUAUAGAUUUUAAGGUGUAAUCUAAUUAAGUGUCCAGUAACACGUACCAGUAAUGUCCUCCGGAUGUGGGUAAUAGAACGACAAUUUCCUGUUAUCAAAUAAUAAAGUAUACUUUUCGGUGCAUAUUUUAUUUGUGUAUAAUGCUUAAAUUUGUUUGUGUAAAACUGCGCUGAUUGAUAUUAAAGAUAUUUGAAUGCAAUAAUUAAAAUUGUGUAUGCUAUUGUCAAGUAUUGUGAUUCAGAUACAUUAAUCUGUGAUAAUAAAUUGUUUUAUUUUU